UCUCUCAUAGAGCUCUCCUAAAGGGAUCGUGUGAAAAACCAGAGCGGGCUGGGGCUCAGCCAGAACACUAGCCCAGCAGCUGCCAAUAACACUCACCGCUGGUCAGACGCCUGUGCCAGCUGCUGGCUGGAAGCCACCCUUUCGCUCUAGAAGCCAAUGGAAGCCGGAGAGCAUGAACCUCGGUUGUUAUAACACAUCUGCUAUUCACGAGGUGGAUAAUAUCUGAAAUGAUUUUGGAAUCAAUUGACUGUUUUUUUUACACUUAGUGAAAGAGUCUGAGGUUGUCAAUGCCCCAGGAAAAGGUCAGAGAACAGAUCUCUAGACUCCUUGGCUGAGCUGCUAUUGACAUGGCUGUAAUCUCCAGAGCUGGAGAUAAAGAUUUGACCUCAAAAUGGGACUACAGCUGAUUGAUGUGUAAGUAGAGGGGUUUGGUCUCCCUGUCUCCUGGUCCUCUCUUAUUUUGCUUCAUCUGGGUCUCCUGCUAAUCUGGGCAACUGUAAACUGGUGGGUCUUCAACAUAAAUCCCCCUCUGACCCUCAUCUGAGAGGGAGAUAAAGAUUCAGAUGGCUGUUUCUUCAGCAAAAUAAGCAAUGCUCAUCAGUCCAUCUCUCUUGGAUCUGUUUUCCCAGUGUUUGGAUGUUGUUGUCACUUUAGGAUUUAUUUAGCUGGAUUCUGGAUCGUUACGUACGCCUCUUGGAGGAGGGAAUGCAACACCCUGCUACAUCUCAACUCCCCGUGGAGCGAAAGACAUGAGAAAAGAGAAGUCAAGACUUGUUGACGUUUCACAGAUGUUUUCAAUAAGCGGGACCAGUGAAUACUUCUUUUUUGAUUGAUUCUGUCUUCAAUCAUAUCCUACUUGUAUAAACCUUGCAUGUGAAGGAUCAGAUCUGUAACAGUGACACUGGCUUACGUACAAACUUUUUGUUGUUAUUCUUUGCAUUAAUAACACAUCUGUAUCAUCAAGGAUUCAGUCUCCAGUCUACUUUUUGGUCACAUGAAUGCAAAAGAAAGAGGACUUGCAAGGCAACAAGUAAGAAAGUCAGAUUUGCUAAGUCAAUUUCACCUCAGUCAAAAUACUUUUAUCAGUCAUGCUUGCUGGAGGCAGAGGUGGCGGUGGCAAGGGUGGGAAGUUUUCGGUGGAGGACCUGUAUGGCAUCAGCAAGAAGCCCAAAUCUUCGUCAUCCGCUGGGGGCACAACAGCCAAGAGAGGGUCCAGGAGAGCCCAGCAGAGGAGUGAGUCAGAGAUGGCCACCCAGAUCCUGGAGGCCGCCCACAGGCUGGUGGAGAAACGCAGUCUGGAACUGUACCUCAGAGAAUGUGCAAUCUCCCUGACUGACUGUGAGGCUGAACGCAGUGCCAUGAUAUACAGGAACCUGGGGAAGUCUGGUCUGCGUGUGUCCUGCUUGGGGCUGGGCACCUGGGUGACAUUUGGAUCGCAGAUCUCUGACGAGAUGGCUGAGAACCUGAUGACCAUUGCCUAUGAGGCCGGGGUGAACCUCUUUGACACAGCAGAGGUGUAUGCCUCCGGCAGGGCUGAAAUCACCCUAGGGAACAUCAUCAAGAAGAAAGGAUGGAGGCGUUCUAGUUAUGUCGUGACAACCAAGAUCUACUGGGGAGGGCAGGCGGAGACAGAAAGGGGACUCUCCAGAAAGCACAUCAUUGAAGGUUUGAGAGGAUCCUUGUCCAGACUCCAGUUAGAUUAUGUGGACAUGGUCUUUGCCAACCGUAAUGAUGUCAACAGCCCUAUGGAAGAGAUAGUCCGGGCCAUGACCUUUGUAAUAAAUCAGGGCAUGGCAAUGUACUGGGGCACCUCUCGCUGGAGUCCCAUGGAGAUCAUGGAGGCGUACUCAGUGGCGCGUCAGUUUAACCUGAUCCCACCAGUAUGUGAGCAGGCUGAGUAUCACUACUUCAAGAGGGACAAGGUGGAGGUGCAGCUCCCUGAGCUCUACCACAAGAUAGGUGUAGGGGCAAUGACCUGGUCUCCCCUUGCGUGUGGACUGAUCACAGGGAAGUACAAUGAGGGUGUACCUGACAUCUCCAGGGCUAACAUAAAAGGUUACCAGUGGCUGAAGGAGCGGGUCAACAGCGAGGAGGGACGCAAGCAGCUGGCCAAGAUCAAAGAGCUCCACCUAAUGGCUGACAGACUAGGCUGCACCUCCGCACAGCUGGCCAUCGCCUGGUGUCUGCGCAGUGAGGGAGUGAGCUCAGUGCUGCUCGGUGUCUCCAAUACUGACCAGCUGAUGGAAAACCUGGGUGCCCUUAGGCUUAUUUCACAGAUGACUCCUCAGACCGUGGCUGAGAUUGACUCACUCUUGGGAAACAAGCCCCACUCCAAGAAAGAGUCACGAGCAUGAAGAGGAACCGAUGGAGUAAAGGACAGAGUCCGAGAAAGAUGACGAAAAGGUGAUGGCGUCGAGGAACAUCGCUCUUUCACCCUCCAGUAUAAUCAACAACCUGCAUGUCCUCAACAACAUUGUGCUUCCAGUAUUUGCGCAUAUCCAUUCGGCGCAUUGCAUUGUAUCAUGUAUGAGAAAAAAAUAUCUAUAUUUUAAUGUGCAAAAACAAUGAUUAGAUCAGAUAUAUUACAGAUCCCUCACUGACUGAUAAUGUCCACAAACAGAAGGUGAGGCAGGUAGCCUAGCGGUUAAGAGUGUUGGGCCAGUAACCGAAAGGUCGCUGGUUUGAAUCCCUGAACCGACUAGGUGAAAAUCUGUUCGAUAUGCCCUUGAGCAAGGCACUUAACCCCGUAAGUCACUCUGCAUAAAAGUCUCUGCUAAAUGACGUAAAUGUGAGGCCCAAAUCAUGGAGCGUUUGGUUUCUUCCAGAAAGACCAAUGAGGGUAAAGUUGGAGAUAGGAGGUAGUUAAAUGGGGGCCCUCAGUAUCGUCAAGCAAACUGCACUCUACUUUAUCAACAAUGAGAUGAGAACUUUUUGAUGCCAUGAAGCAACUCGAGACACAGCUCUGCACUCUCCCACUGACUGUGUGACCAGUGCUGUCAUAAGACACUCUUUCUCCACAGUUAGUGGAGUCGCUAUGACGUUUAGUACCCAGCAGAGAGCCAAAGGUUAGCAGCACAUAGGUGUCUGGCUUGUCAUCUCCUUAUGUGACUGGCCCGUUACUCUGUGUCCUUUAACAGCAGUGUCUUCCUAGGUGUCUUCUCUGUGUAUAAACUGUGUGCAUGUCCCUUUAAGAGAGACCAGCCCAAGCAGGGUGUAAAUGUGGCAUGGCUUUUGUGGUUUGUGUAGAUUUGCAGUGCCCCUCUAAGCAGUCGUUUUGCACUAGCAGGUGGGACGGGCUGAUCUAGGCUCUGCACUGACGGGCACAUUGUGGAGCUUUACUUUAAUUACUCUCUGCAAGCCCGCUGACAGGGUCUGUGUCUGUGUGACGUGUGUAUUGUCCUCCACGUCAAAACUAUUUCUGCGUCAAUAACAAUGACAACUAAGGCUUUUCCUGCUUGUUUUGGAAGAGCCUAUUUACUCAUCCACUAAAGACUGUGGAGAGUGGACCCCCUAAUGAAAGGUACUGUAGGUCAUUCUUCCUCAGCCUCAGACAGCGGGUACAACCCACUGUUGUAAACUAGCAGUCGUUCAAUGUGUUUUUGUUGCUUUGUUUUAACAUUUUAAAUGAGCCCACAUAACAUGCAAAUCAUGACCUUUACAUGAAGAAUUGUGCAACGUGCAAUCGCCCCGUAAUGUUCUGUGUGUUCUAUCUCACUGGGAAUGAGUCAGACCGAGAGAGGUAGCAGAGUGAACUCAAGUGUGUCUGAAUUGAGAAAUGAUUGGCACCCUUGAUAAAGAUGAGCAUAGAAGACUGUAUAAAAUCGUAAGACAAAUACUGAGCUGUAUUGUACGCAAAAGAAAUGAGAGAAUUAUAUAAUUUCAUACAAAUACAAUUUCUCAUCAAAUAGAUUUUGUUUAACAAGUAAUCAUUUUGUAAAAAAUAUGGGGGUCAAAAUUAUUGUAAUCUGUUUUCAAUACUCCUGCAACCUCCCAUUCCAAGGAUAACAGCAUUGAGCCUUUUUCUAAACAUGUUUUAUGAGAUUGGAGAAAACAUUGGGAGGGAUCUUAGACCAUUCCUCCGUACAGAAUCUUUCCGGAUCCCGUUAUCCUUUGUCUGUGUUUAUGGACUGCCCUCUUCAAUUCAAACCACACGUUUUCAAUGGGGUUCGACUCCAGAGACAGAGAUGGCUAGAAACUGUCUGGACUUGAACCUCAUUGCAUUGCAAAAUGUUGAUUUUGUGGUCAAUUAACCAUUUCGUUGUUUAUUUUUAUAUGUGUGCUUGGGGUUAUUGUCUUGCUGGAAGAUCCCCUUGUGGUCAAGUUUCAACCUCCUGGCAAAGGCAACCAGGUUUUGGCUACAAUAUCCUGGUACUAAUUAAAGUUCAUGAUGCCGUUGACCUUGACAAGGGCCCCAGGACCAGUGGAAGCAAAACAGCCCCAUAACAUCAAAGAUCCACCACCAUAUUUUACAGUAGGUAUGAGGUACUUUUCACAUAUGCAUCUUUCUUUCAACACCAAACCCACCACUGGGGUGUGUGGCCGAAGAGCUCAAUUUUCAUGUAAUCUGACCAUAGCACCGGUUCCAAUCCAAUUGCCAAUGUUGUUAAGCAAACUCCAGGCGUUUACAUUUGUUGGAUGACGUGAAAUUAGAGGUAUUUGGCCACGAGAGUAUUGAAAACAGGGAUGCCUCUAUCUUUUUCAUGUUUGUUUUUUUACUUGAUAGACAAUCUCCUUCUCUGGCCAAUUGUAUUAGUAUAAAAUAACGAUUUUUGAGUAUACAAUAUACAUGUAGUUCAGUAGUUUUAUAGUCUUUUUUGCUCAUCUUAAUCAAGGAUGCCAAUAAUUCUGGGGGUGACUGUAAAUAAUCAUUUGGACUUUGAUUAAAUGCAAUGUGCUUUUUUGCACUUCUCUGGGGAUGAGAUUUAGACAGUGUUGUGUUGGAAGCAGAUUAUAUUGGGUGUUUCAUUGGGCAGCCUGAACCCAGCUGCUUGGCCUAUUUCUGUAGUUCAUUGUAGUUUUUCCUUACCAAAUGUUAUUAUUCUUUCCCAAUUGUAUUGUAACUUUCAGUCAAUUUUUGUCUCUAUUUAACUUCUGUUAAUUACAUGUAGAUAUUACUCCUAGUAGCAGGACGUACUCCUGCUAUGUGAACCUCUCAUGUUUGUGAACCUUGGUUUGUGGUCAGGCUCAGGAAACGCUCCAGGGCACUAGUGAAUUUGGAAUGAGAGAGAUUUGUCCCACACUUGUUAUCCCCCUGUCAUUACUGAUGAGUGUUUUCUGUGCUUUUUGACACUGGUUUGUUUGUGUUCUAAUCACUGGUGUAUGUAAAUACUAGAAUAUGGAAUAUUGGAAUAUGACAAAAUGUUGGAUUCUGAAGUGAGCAAACGACAAAUCUAACCAGAUUGACAUGUUGUUUUGUUCUGUGUUUAUGUAUUUUAUUAGCAGGCUCUAAGUUGAACUGAAAAGCAUCCACCUAAUGUACAUAAAUGCCUAGAUCGCUCCUUAAGACUAGCUUUGCCUGCAUAACUUAUAUUUUACUGUCUUGAAACAAAAACCUGAAAAAAGAGAAGCCUUGAAUGUAUAACUGUAUGCUUGCCCUUAAAAUAUCAGAAGAAAAUUAUACCUCAUAUGUCAUUUGGUGGUCAUGCAACCAGAUCUACCGGCAGCUUGGCAGGGCCACACACACACACACACACACACACAGUAGUUAUCAUGGUCUGCCUGCCUUUUGGCAAAGCAGAAAAAAUCAAGUAAAGAUUUUGCAUUGAUUUAAAAUCAUAUCAAGCUUCUGUAUAUCCAUGUUCCCCCAAGAACCAUUAAAUGGCUAA